GCACCGCCGUCAGUGUUUCCGAGAUCGGACGAAUGAGCUUGAAGAUGAGCUAAAACAUAGCGAGAGAGAGAGAGAGGACAAGUUGGAAAGCGAUCAAGAAGGAAGGAAGGUUGAGGAUGAGCGAAGGGUCAAGCGGAGAAGUGAAGAAUAGGAGGGUAAUGGAAGAGAAAACGGAAGAGAGAGGGGUGGCGAAAGGAAGAUCGUGCAAAGGAUACCUUUACUACUCUUCCACUCUCAAAUCCAAGGAUAAGAAUCCUCGCUGCGUCGGCAUCCCUCGUACUCUCCGUCAAGUUCCUGAUUACGUUGUAGGACAAUCUGAAGCUGAAGCUUCUAAAGAAGGGCGUACCUUAGCUGAUUUUUACUAUGGAUGUCUGGGUUAUUCCGUUUACAUGACUGACAAAGACUCCUCUACUGCCAUGAAGCAACAAACCAAGACCCAACUUCCCGUUUGUCUCGGCCUUGAGAUACUAGCAGAUAGAAGAGCGGCUUCAAGCAGCAACACUUCUUCUAUUCCUGCCCGCGCUCAAAACAGAAAUGAUUCUCGGGAGUUGCCGCAGCACCAGAACCAUAGACCAACUUCAAUCCCAAAACCAACCCCAACCCCAGCCACUGCUACAAACACUGAAAACGGCUUCAUAACGAGGUUCACAAGAAAUGCAAACCUGGUAGCAGCAGGGGUGAUGAAGAACCUGAAGAGAGUGGGUAAUUAUGUCAAAGAGCAUUUGGACGACUCCUUGGACGAUCAUCGAAAGCGGCCUAAAUAAAUAAAAUCUCUGUGGUGAGAUACCAAAAAAAGAACAGAAAAGCACAUGUGACAGUCAACAAGAUAUGAAUGAUUUGACACUUUUUGAAAACUCCUUUUGGAUUCUCGUAAUAAUAAAAAAAAUGGAUGUAUUGAUAUACAAGUAUGAGAAUUGUAAUGUGUUCUACCUUCCUCAGUUUUGCUUGUGCUUUGUAUACCAAAAGGGUCUAGAUGACAAAAAGAUUCUCAUAAACUCGUAUUAUUGUUUUGCUUAUGCAUUA